UGGCGCUUGUCGUUUCCGAAGCGCGUUAAAACAAUAAUAUAUUUAUUGUCUAAAUAUUAAAUAUGCAUAUAAUAUACCCACAGUACUUUGAUACAGUCAGUGGCAUAUAAUCUUCGAUGUUCGUCAGAGCUCGCGAUACUGUGACCUAACAUGCGACGUUCUAAAUAUGGAGUCGCAAGAGUUAAGUGCGGGGACAUCUCCAGCUGAGAAGUCCAAGAUGGCUCUGGCAGGCAAUUUCGACGGAAUGCUUCUUCCGCUGUACCCAGAACCGGAUGACAGCGGCAUCGACAGCGACAACGCUGAGUCACAGCAGCAGGCAGCUUCGGUACAGCGCUUUGAAGAGAGGUUCAUCGCUAAUCUAGAUCUUGCUGCGCUUCCCCGUGACGGCAAGGGCUGGUGCCAGCGAUACAAAGAACAGAGGAACAACACUGGGCACGGUCUCGCUAAAGGCAUCGAGGACGGUCAUCUCGACCCUUUCGACGUGGACUGGCCAAUAGGUCUCCGCAUGCCUCCUACGGUCCGGCAGCCGACUUUCGCCGAGCCUCGGCGCAGCGCUUCACCUCCUAUCCUGGAAGUGGAACUCACUGCUUCUGAAGAAGAUGAAGAAGACGAUGUGCUGGAGCUGGUCAUCCCGAUGCACCAACCGCGCUAUCAGAGGGUGCCGACCGACUCGCCGACUAGAGCCAAGCCGACAACUAAGGCAAAGAUAUACAGAUUCUUCUUGAGCUUGCUGUGCUGCUUCCGCAAGUAAAUUGUUGGGUGAAAGGCUUGAUUUACGUGGAUCUAUUCCAUG